AGAAAGAUUCUCUGCUUACGCAGCUUCCUUCAAUCACCAUUUCGUUUUCGUCGUGCUUCUCUCUCUCUCUCGCUCAUCUACGCAGAAUCUGACUCGGUUGAGAAGAAAUGGCAGGACACAAGGUUGCGCAUGCCACACUGAAAGGCCCGAGUGUUGUCAAGGAAUUAUUUAUUGGUUUGGCACUUGGUUUAGCUGCUGGUGGUCUCUGGAAGAUGCACCAUUGGAAUGAGCAGAGGAAAACCAGAUCUUUCUAUGAUUUGCUUGAGAGAGGUGAGAUCAGUGUUGUUGCCGCUGAAGAGUGAAUGGGAUUGCCUCUCUCUCACCCUCACUCAAUGUUGUUGCCUCCAUUUUUCUGUUUUUUUUUAUGGUUUCUUGAGACAUCUCAGAUGAGUGACCUGAGAAAAUGGUUGCUUAAGGAAAUAAACAAAACUAAGAUCGGAUUGGAGAUUUGUUAACGUAUUGUUUUCCGGGGAUACAUGGUUAAACUUCAGACAUCUUUUUGACUUUUCCUUUGAAGGAUGGGUAUUUCUCAACCUUUUUGUGUGUUCUUUUUCA